AUGCCUGUUGGAAGGCUGACGCUGGCGCUGGCGCUGGUGCUGCCGACACGCGCCAUGGCUGCUGCCCGAGUCCUUACCGCUGCGGUUGCACACGUUCUGUGUCUCUUGAUGCCGGAGCAGAUCCACGCACUGCUCUCGAUGCUGAAGCCUGGAAACUCUUUCCUAAGCAAUCUGGUUAAGAGAGUUCACAAAGAAAGGCCCAUCGAGACACUGUUGGCAAUAAAAAGUCCAACGGAUGAGAAUUGUUUCUUAAAUGAGUUUAAUCCAAUUGGAAUCCCUACCGUACGCCUGGACGCCUCAACCAAGCUGAACGUUAUGGAGCUCUACAAUAGCGAGGCACUUGCUCUGCUGUGUAUGUCCGAAGUCGCGGACUCAUUAGUGCUAGCUACACUGGCCGAGAAUCUUGAUGGAAUGCGAGAGUCGCGAAUUGUAGUAAUACUACACAGCUUGGAUCUAAAGGAUUUAAAGGAGCUACUGCGCUUAAUCGGCAAGCAGGCAGAGAGGAAUGUCUUUGUCAAUCUAAUCGUCAUCAACUGUAUCUCAUCUUCUACUGAGUCGACUGUCUAUCGCAUGAAGCCUUUUCCGAGUCCAACCUUUGUUCGUAUUACAAAUAUCAGUGCUGAACAAGUUUUUCCCAAGGUGUGGAAUAAUUUCAACGGAAAAUCGGCUGUUAUAUCACCUGAUCUGUUUCCACCGCGCAGCCUCUUGUCGAGAGACCGAUUCACAGGAGAGCUAAAGCUAUUUGGUUCCACGGACAUAAUGUUGAAAGAGUUUGCCGAUAAAUACAACGUACAGCUGCAUCUAUUUCGACCUUUAAGCGAGUUGGCUGAGAUUGAUAAAUUGGAUACCUACACCAUUCCACAGCAUGAAGUUGAUAUGCCCACUCGACCCAUAGUACUUACCAUGGAAAAACUAAAAAAAUUCGAAUUGUCUCUUGAUGCGAGAUAUACACAAUUUUUUAUUGUAGUUCCCUGUAGCCAGGAAAUAAGCAUAGGCGAUGUGUACUCAGGCUUGAGAACCAACUCCAUUAUCCUAUUGGGCUCAUAUUUUAUGUUUGCAAUUGUUGAAACUUUUGUCAUAUUCGCUGCGAACUGGAUUUACCAGCGCAGACCCAGUACUCAAGAGUGGAGCUUAGUCUUGAACCUGCGGGCAUUUGCUGGAGUCUUGGGACUUCCGAUGUAUCUGAGGAGAUACAGAACCAGCAUUUCGCUGCAGCAAAUCGUAAUGGUUAUGUGCAUUUUCAGCUUGGUUUUCACCUGCUUUUUCAAUUCGAACCUCAGUACGCUGCUGACAAAGCAUCCGCGGAACACGCAAAUCCAAAACUUUGAGGAGCUGCGAGAUAGCGGUCUGGAGGUCAUUUUAGACAUAACUUUCAAAUCUGUGUUCGAAAUUGCUGCUAAAGAUGUUGGACUAGAUAAGCUAGUUCCCAAUGCCAAACGCAAGAUACUUUGUAAUACCAAUGCCAUGAAUCUAACGGGCAAUCUACUGAUCGGCUACAUGUUAAAGAAGAACUUUGUUUACCGAGAGGCCUUGAGCGACUAUUUAGCUAGAACACGCAGCUACGGCUUCGACAAGCACUGGAACCUAAAGGGCGGGCAGAAAAUGAUAGAGAUGCUGGUGCCGCUCUUGGAUCAAAGACUUCCAGCUAACAAUCAGGAAUUCGAAGCCUUGAGCUUUGAGGACUUGGAAUGGUUAUGGAAAUUGCUAGUAGUAUGCUAUAGCCUGGCAAGUUUGGUUCUUAUUGGAGAAGUUUGUGUGGCCAGAUGGCAGACUAAACGAGCUAGAGAAGCACAUGUUCUAGAGGUGUAA